GUAGAAGGGAGCUGCUUUCCUGCUGUGGACGUUCGAGACCCUCCCUAGUAAGUUGUGGUGCCUGGCGUCCUGGUAACCCUUUACAACUGAGGGACCGGGGUCCUCUGCACUUCCUUCCUCUGCAUCCUGCUCCUUCCCUGCCACAUUAAAUUCCCUCAGAAACGUCUUUACUCCUGGAGAGCUUUCCCACCGGCCCCAUUUUCCCAGAGACAAAGACUAGCUAUCCUUUCCUCCACAUUGGCAUCAUCCUCAUGCCAGUCAGAGAACUAGUUGCAAGCUGUCUUACUCUCUUUGCUACAAACUACCCUACAUCCUGGGGGCUGCGAGAGAGGUGUGAGCCCAGAGAGUGUGAGAUCACCGCUCAGUUCCAACUCCGGAGAGCCCUUGCUGAAAGGCUGGUUCGGAUGACUGGGGGCAUUCUCUAGGUGAUGGGGAUCAGCGAAGAACAAGAUAGGAAAGCCCUAGUUCUCCUGGAGCUGACCCGCUAGUAAGGUCACCUGGAUGUCAGCAUGGCAGCCACAAACCUGGAGAACCAGUUGCAAAGUGCCCAGAAGAACCUCCUGUUCCUGCAGCGGGAGCACGCGGGCACGCUGAGGGGGCUGCACGCGGAGAUCAGGCGGCUGCAGCAGCACUGCACGGAUCUGACAUAUGAGUUGACACUGAAGAGUUCUGAGCCGACAGGAGACGGCUCUUCCAGAAGCGCUGAGCUGAAGAGACGAUGUGAGGACCUGGAGGCCCAGCUGAAGGCCAAGGAGGACGAGAACAGGCAGCUGCUGGAGGAGCUGGGGCAGAAGAGCGCCCUGAUGGCAGUGCUGGAGAACACCCUCAAGGAGCGGGAGAAGAAGUACCUGGAGGAGCUGAAGGUGAAGAGCCACAAGCUGAGCCUGCUGUCGGCCGAGCUGGAGCAGCGUGCCAGCACCGUGGCAUACCUGACCGCGCAGCUGCACGCUGCCAAGAAGAGGCUCCUGAGCUCCAGUGGCACCUCGGACGCCAGCCCAGCUGGAGGCACCCCGCUGGCCAGCUACAAGCCCGCGCCCCCCAAAGACAAGCUGCCUGAGACACCGCGCCGCCGCAUGAAGAAGAGCCUCUCCACCCCGCUGCACCCCGAGUUCGAGGAGGUCUACAGAUUGGGGGCCGAGAGCCGCAAACUCCUCCUGCGCGAGCCUGUGGACGCCAUGCCCGACCCCACCCCAUUCCUGCUGGCCCGGGAGGCGGCCGAGGUCCAGCUCAUCAAGGAGCGGCCGCUGGUCAUCCCACCCAUUGCCUCGGACCGCGCAGCAGGCGGGCAGCACAGCCCAGCCCGCGAGAAGCCACACAAGGCCCACGUCGGGGUGGCCCAUCGCAUCCACCAUGCCAGCCCCCCACAGCCCCAGCCCGAGGUGGAGACGCUGGCCGUGGACCAGGUGAACGGAGGCAAGGCAGUGCGGAAGCACUCAGGGACGGACAGAACUGUGUGACUGUGGCCCGCACUGUCCACGCACCAUGAGCACCACAGGGAACCCCACCRCACCUUUUUCUUUACCUCCCACGCAUGCCAAAUUAUUUUCAGACCUGUCCACCAACUCUCCUGCUCCUCCUGCCCCACGCUGCAGACGCCACAAUACGACCGUGUCCCUGCUGCAGAAUGCAUAAUCUACUAAUGCUGUGGCCACCACCCACGUGCCCAGCCGCUUGCUUCCAAGCCCAAUCCGUGUCGUCCAGGCGCACUCGUGGACAGGCACCGGCCACAGGAUGCACACUGCGCCAUGUCCUCGGAGCAGACGGGCACGCGCCUGAGUGUACAGCCAGCCACGCACAGCAACCUCGACCACCCUCCAGGGCAGCCUGUGGAGCAGCUGCUCCCUCUAGAGACCCCGCACCUCCCUCCUCCCCCGGGCGGCACUCAUCACCGAGCAGCUGUAUGUAGAUGUCCAAAGGAACUAAAUAAGAUGACGUUGCUCUUCAUGUCACCACAACCUGAAUGUGUGUUCAUAUUUUUUGUUAGUCUUACCCAAAAUGUUCCAGAUCCCAACAAACUUUAUUUUCUAAACCUGCCUUCCUUCUGUUCUG